CAGAGAUUUUGGUUGGCAUGAUCACAAAUGUCAAAGGAAAAUGAGGUUAUUGCAAACCCUGAGUGUGGAUCUAAGGCGGGUGAGUGUAUAUUAGAUAUAAUAUCGCUUCAUUGUAUGUAUUGUAACUUGGUGAUUUUAUGUCCUGGGUUGUCAGGUCCACCUUGUUUCUCUGCACAUGCAUCAUGUCUAUGAUUUCUUCUUACUGAUGGGUGCUACAGGAAAGGUGCUACUGUGCAGGGUAGUAAAACUUUUUUUUUAUACUGAGCAAAAAAAAAAUUAGUUCAUGAAUAAGGAAAUUAAUUAUGUCCCAAUCGCAGCAUAUUAAUUUUACAAGGGCAGAACUAUUUAUGUACUGCCCAUCAUCCUAAAGAAGGUAUUGGAGUCCUGGUAGAUUUGGCAACUAUAUAAACCCCUUCAGGACAGAGUCAAUAGUGCACGUUCUUAUCAAAACAAAAUGUAACUGGAAUUUGCACUACAUGUCUGUUCAACCGUAAUUCACCUCUUUCAUAUUAAGUGCACUCGCACUUAUUAUAUAUCAUUUUGUUCCGGAGAAACUGUGAGAAAUGAAGAUUUAAAAAAAAAAUAAAAAAAAAAUUGUAGUUCCGCCUGACAUUUUAGCUGUAAAUGUCAUAAUACUUUUAGCUUUAACUGCAAAAAAAACUGUAUAUUCAGUCUUUUUUAGUAGCCACUUAGUCACAAACACUGGCCAAAGUUAGCCUUCAUAUUUGUUUUUGUGUGAAAAAAGCAAAAAAACAGCAUAUUUGGCCGGUGUUUGCAAGUGGUUACUAAAAAUGACUGGACAUACCUCAUUUGCAAUACCUUGGGUUGUCUACUUUUGCAAAUGGUAUACCAUCAUGGGGAUAAUUCUCAUUCCUGGGCUACCAUACGGUUUCAAAGGCAACAUAACCAAAAGUUACACUUUCUGCCUAGGUUGUCAGGCAUGUCAAUCAAAUUUUAAUUAAUUAGAUCACAUAAUUAUGUUAAAAGAUUAUUUAAAUAUACACGUAGAGUUGGAAUAUAUAUACAUAUAUGUAUUUAAAGGACCACUCUAGGCACCACUAAACAACCUGAUUUAACAGCCCUAUUCUAUACCGGACUACUCAGUGCCCCUCUGAACCCCACUUUUAACUUUUAAAUUCUAUUCUAAAUACCCCUUUACUUACCUUCUUUGUAGCGCUACGUCACCGAUCGUCGACACCUCCCGCGCGGUCAUCGGGUCUGCUGACUGUUUUCCCCGCUGUCCGCUAAUGAAUUUCCUCUCAUAGGAAAUCAUUGCGGCCGAAAAGCGCAUGCGCGGCCGAAAAGCGCAUGCGCGUCCAACGCAGCGCUCAGCCAAUGAAAAUCUUCUCAUAGAGAUUCAUUGGCUACAAUGAAUCUCAAUGGGAAGAAUUUCUAUGCAUACCGCGCAUGUGCGCGUUCACGAGCGACGAACUGAGUGACAUCUCAGUUCACCGCCCACUGCCCUCCCUUAGCCCACCUCCCAUUCCUGUAGCCCUGGUUUUCUAUCAGAUUCAGAUACCUUCUGAAUCUGAUAGAACACCAACUCUCACCACCCUGCGCCAGUCAAGGAAACCAGAUUCAAUAGUAAAUAUCUAAUUUAAAUCUAAAUUAAAAUUAUAUAUAUAUAUAUAUAUAUAUAUAUAUAUAUAUAUAUAUAUAUAUAUAUAUAUAUAUAUAUAUAUAUAUAUAUAUAUAUAUAUUUGUGUUAGGUGCUUAAGAUAGUACAGUAUGAAAUACCAUGAAUAAGCGUAGGAUGAUAAAAGGAGCAAGUCGGUUGUGGUGUGCCGAAACCGACGAUGAGGUAGGCCUGAGAAAGAAGAGGGCCCACCCAGGAAAAGAAAUAGAAAGGAAAUAAAUGUUAAAAGUGGUGUGGUGGGAGGGUCAUUCAACGCUGACCUCGAACGGUAAGGAGCAAGGUAAGGGGAGUGCCUUAAGUAGGCUAGGGGUAGCAAACCAGCACCUCCCACAAAUGCAGGCAAAUUGCCUUAAUACUUGUGUUAGGUGCUUAAGAUAGUAUAGUAUGAAAUACCAUGAAUAAGCGUAGGAUGAUAAAAGGAGCAAGUCGGUUGUGGUGUGCCGAAACCGACGAUGAGGUAGGCCUGAGAAAGAAGAGGGCAAAAAUUAAGUAAUCAAAUUUAUUAACAGACAACCAAUACAUAUACAUUUAUCAACCAGACAUGUUUAUGAAAGCAUCCCUUAAUUCUUGUACUGGGUUCGGUAUGUACCGUGAGUAAGCGGAUGACUUCCAGCGCCCCAGUGUUUUGAUAACAUGAGUUGGGAUGUUGACACUGGAGGCUGUGGACGCGGCUCCUAUACGAAAGGAGUGUCCUGAGUAUUUGUUUGCGUUGAGGCCCAGUUGUGUGAGCAAGGACCUGACGUAGGUCAUGAAGGUUGUAGUGGUGAGUACUGCACCUUGUAGUUGUAAUAACGGUUGCGAGGGCAGUAAGUGAUGGUGCUGUAUGUAGGCAUCAAGAACCUUGACGGGACACCAUCUGUUGUGCGUGGGAUAGUACGGAAUGUUUACAGGUAUGUGCUGGCUGGUUUUGGAGUGAGGUAAAGACAGGAUGUAAUGAUCCAUAUGUUUUGUCAAGUGGGAAUAGAGAAGGAAUGGAGUGGUUUGGGUCGUGGAGGUCGUAGUGAAUUCUCUGGGUCGUAGAAAUCCAUAGAAAGCGAUGUAUAUUGCUGUUUUGAUGAUAGAAUUCAUAUUAGUGUCAAACGGUUUUAGGUCAAGUAGGUUAGAUAAUGCUUUGAAGAUAUGGUUAUCUAUGGGUAGCCUCUGGGCCAAAUGUGUGGGUUCUGAUUUUUUAAUACCUCUGAGUAUGGUCUUAAUUUGGUGAGAUGCCAUGAAACUGUUGUUAUUUGGGUGUAAGAUGAGCAUGUGGUGUUGAAUGCCAGUGAGAUAGAGUUUGAUGGUGUUGUAUGACAUUUUGAGUUUAAGGUGGCAAAAGGAAGCAAACCCCAAAAAAGAUGUCAUAACAAACGGUUGUAUGAUGUUAUGUUCCAGAAGGAAUCGUUUGAAUAGUGUAAAAGCCCUGCUGUAUGUUUUGUUUGUAUUGUUUGAAAGUGCCAACUGGGACAAUGCCCUGCUAUGCUGCAUGAUGACGUCUAGUCCAGUAUGAGUUGUUGAAAUGUUGGAGUGAUGGUGGCUGUGGGUGCUGCUGACGGGAGUGCUUGAUGAAACUCCUGAAAUUUAAAGCGAGACAAAUUGUCAGCAGCUGUGUUAUAUACACCUGGCACAUGGAAACCACAUAGGAAGAAAUUAUGACAAGCUGCCAACCAAGUGAGUUUCCUCAGAAAUCUCAUGAUCGUAAGAGAUUUGGAACGACCUUUGUUGAUGAUUUGCCUGGUUGUCUGAAUAACAACGCACUGGCGUAUUAGUCCAUAAAUGACCCCAUGCUACGGCAGCCGCCACUAUGGGGUAGCUCUCAAAAAGAGCUGAGGUAGUGGAAAAACCUUCCAAAUCCUGAACUGCUGAAGGCCAGCUGCCCCAAAGCCAUUCGUUCCCAAAAAUUGCUGCAAAACCAGUGGUAGAUGCCGCAUCUGACCAAAUGGUAGGAGAUGAUUCAGUCAAUUGAGGGAGGAACAUACUUUUACUAUUCCAAGUGGUUAAAAAUCUCUUCCACAUGUUUAGAUCUGCCGUAGCUUGGGCAUCUAAGGACAACCUGAGCGUGUCAUGUAGAAAAAGUGGGAAAAGAUGCAAUAGUUGUGAAAUAAAGGAGCGGCCUUGAGGUAUGAUGCGCAUCGCAAAAUUUAGUGACCCUAGCAGGGACUGUAGCUCUUUGCGGUUGCAAGUGCCGAGCUGUAGGUAGUUGUUUAUGUAAGUGAGAAUAUUCUCUAUCUUAUCGCAUGGUAGGCUUGCUUGCAUUGUGGCAGAGUCUAAUUGGAUACCCAAAAAAGUGAUAACCGUGUCUGGCCCUUCUGUUUUCUUUGGGGAGAUGGGUACACCUAUUUGCUCAAACAGCUAAGUGGUAGCUUUGAGGCUAGUGGGAGGUGAAGUAUUCUCCUCGACCAGUAGGAAAUCGUCCAAGUAAUGUAAUACCGUAGGGCAUCCGGCUAUGUUCAAUAGUAACCAGCAUAAUGCUUCAGCAAAUGUGUCGAAAAUAGUUGGGCUACUUUUGGACCCAAAAGUUAACCAGGAGAAAAAAUAUUAGUUCCCGGACCACUUGAUGCCAUGCAGGUGCCACAGUGUGGGGUGGAUAGGGAGUAACUUGAAGGCGUUAGUAAUGUCGGUCUUACUGAGCCAGGCUCCAACUCCUGCUUGUAUGAUAGCUGUAAUGGCGUGAUCUAUGGUGGUGUAUUGCAGAGAGAAUUCCUCAGAGGGUAUGAGGGAAUUAAGACUGGGGUUGGCCGAUGAGUGGGGAGCCGAUAAGUCAAUGAUGGAACUCUGUUCUUGGGAACAUUUCCCUGUGACAAUACCAAUAGGGUUGGUGCGCCAUUCUGUGAAUGGAGGAGUUCUAAAAGGCCCCAAUACAAAGCCCUCAUCCACUUCUUGGGCUAUGUUGGGCGGAUUGUAGGUUAGGGCAUUCCAGAGUUCCAGCUGGUAUGUGUAGGAUACCUGUGUGGAAGCCUUCUGUUAAACCAGAAAUAAGAAAGUCUACCAGGUGUCUAGAUGGGUGCUGAGAUUGUAGGUUAGGGCAUUCCAGAGUUCCAGCUGGUAUGUGUAGGAUACCUGUGUGGAAGCCUUCUGUUAAACCAGAAAUAAGAAAGUCUACCAGGUGUCUAGAUGGGUGCUGAGACAUCAAUGUUGUGAAUACUGGCAUAUUAAUGGACGUAAGGUAAGGCUUGGAAUACAUUUUAUUUGGACACAUGGUCUUUGCAUGUGCCCUAAAACAUUUUGAACAGACAUGCAAUAGUCUACAUCCACUGUAAUUACAAGACCCAACAUUGAAAUUAUUACAUACCUGGGACUUGCCCAGAAACUUGAUUGGGCGUCCCAAUUUGUCUUUCGAUAGUUUCCCUGGAUCCCCAGAGGAACUAGUUCCUUGUGUGGAGGCAUGUCCGUCUGCCGUGUUGGGACAAAAAUUAGUAGUAUGGGCUGUGGAGGAGCAGUAUGCACAAGCUGGUGUUCUUAGACCUGCAAAGUGUCUGCAAAAUAAGACGGUAUCAAUCCUUCCCCAGUUGGAUCGUGUUCCGUACUGGGAGAAGGCUCCAGCCACUUUUGCAGAAAAAGACCUAUGGUAGUCAUAGAAUGCCGAACCACCAUAUUUGUUGCCCAGGUCUACCAGCUUGUGCAUAUAGAGAUCAAACUCCUCUCUUCUGUUAGGAUAAACCGCACAGAUGACAUCCCUGUAAAUACCAAACGCUAGUACAAAUUCAGGGAUAGUCAGUUUCCUGUUCAGGCGGGCAUCCCUAGAUCUGACAAUAACAGAAACAUCAUCAUAAGCAUACGUCUUAUGUUCCACAAUGUCCUGGGAGGCAAUCAACAGGGAAGCCAGGUUGACGUCUUUACCUUCCAGGAUAUCCCUUUUGAUAUGCUCAGGUAUCAUGUGGGCCGGGCUAACUUCCUGGUCAUCCAGGGUGCUGGCUGGAGAGUAUAAUGGCAAGGCUGGUGUUUGUACCGCAGCCGCGGGUGGCCCUGCUAGAGUGAGGGCCGUGGUGACCGACUCAAGUUUCUCCAGCCUGGAGUUGACCUUGCCCAUGGAUGCCAUGAGUGAGGAUAACAUGGCAUGUAUGUCCCCUGGGUUGGACUGGCUAGAUCCUUCCCCGGCCUCCAUGUUAUUAGUUGAUGUGCGUAGCAGUUUGAAAAGUUCUGCCUUCCUUGCUGUAGCGGGGUAGGGGAUUUGUCGUCUCCUUAAUUCCGUGGUUAUGCGCGGGAUUGUCCAGGAUCUGAUUGAUGCUGGACUAGCUAGCUCUCCUCCUUGUGUGGGAGUGACAGCUCUAGCCGGGGUGCUAGGCAAGGAGAAAUCCUCUACCCCUUCCUGAGACAUACUAUAAAUAAAACAAUAAUUAGUAUAUAGAACCACCAAAUUGUACUGGCAGGCUAGCUAGGCCGGAUGGCGAAAGUAUUAUACUUGUUUGGUGACAGGUGAGGCCCUGCUAAUUGCCAAGCGGCUUGAGAGGCUCUAUCUAUGCGUUGGCGCGAGGGGUUAUUGAGGCCACUUGACGUAGUGGCAGGAGUUUUAGGCCUCUCGGUGACUGUAUGACAGAAAACAGGGGAAGGGAGUGACAGGUGAGGCCCUCUCUUUGCAACAUGCGAGGCGGCUAGCUAACGUGUGGCCCGAUGGGUGUUUGCCUCCGAAACGUUUGAGGCGGGGUGUUGGCCUCGCGGGACCACUAACUGAUGGCGACAGCCAAGACGGGGUAAAUACCUAUUGGGAAUCCUGUGACCCUAUUGCCAGUACUCUAAACUAGGGGGAUGAAAUGAAAUGUAUGGUAGAAUACCAUAUGAGCAGGUGUACGUACCUGGUAGUAUGACAAAUCACAGGAAUAAACCGUGUGGAGCAAUUAUAUAAGCUUGACAGCCUAAAAAUGGGUAAAAGAGAGUAGUAUGAUGAGUGUGGAGUGUGAAAAGAAACAGACUUAUAGUCCGUAGCAGCGAUGUAUUAAAAUUAUGUUGAUACCAUGGGAAUAGCUAUGAGUGGCUCAGAAAUGUUAGCAUGCUUGAAUAAGACAUCUGAGGGAGGCCGUGGCCUAUGUACCAACAAUCUAUGUGUUACGUGAUAAUGGUGUGUAAAGGAAAACAUGAAACGUAGGUUAUAUACAUAUGUAUAUGACUGUGCAGGGAACGUAUGAUUGGUUGGAUCAGUACGUGUGAUUCAACCCGAGUAUGCAUGAAAAAGGAAUUAAGCCUUAUGUGUCAUCGUCAUGACAGAGAAAUGAGGCCUGUAAUAUAGGCUGAGUGAAUUGAAAUGAAAUGGAUAGUUAUAAAACUCCUGGCGUGGUUUCAAUGAUCUGUACAGAAAUGUAACUGGUUUUAUAGAAAGGGACAUGGAUGAGGUCCUGGCCUAUUUAACACAGCGUUAUGUAUGAUAUGUAGCAGAAUAACCAAAGGCAGGGAUACCCCAAAAUGAUUUAAAAUGAUGUAAAGUGAUGUAUAUCUAUAUGAUAUAUUGUAUAGAAAAGAGGUAUCAACCCGAGAAUUAUGCUUAAAUGAACCUAUAUUCUUUGUAUGUGUUGUAGUAAUAACCCAGAAGUGAGGCCUGUAACAUAGGCUGAGUCCAUUUGUAUAAAUGGAUAAGUAACGCAGACCCCUGAAAGCGUGGGAGUCAAAUGGUAUAUACAGAGAAGUGGACGUAAUACAAUACUGACAAUAUUUUAAAAGUAAUCAAAAUAAUCUAUUUAAGCAAGCAAUUCUUUAACCGAACGUUAUAUACACAUGAAAUGGUGAAUAUAAUUCAUGAAAGGAUUAUACGUGAACACACAGAAAAGCCGAAAGCAAAUGUGAGGGAAACACAGAAGUUAGAAUAGUUUAACCGUAUGACUUAUGCGAACCGAAAGUGUGUUUGAGCGUAAGUAAAAAUUUGCCGAACGGCAAAACAACCGAAUGAUAAUUCGUUUCAAUGACUAUUGAACGAUUAAAUAUGUUCAGCCGAAUGUCCGUACGAAUGAAAAAGCCCGCGAAUGGCUUGAAACAUUCGUGUCAUAACCAGGGAAAAAGCCGUAAAGCGAGGACCCGUGCUGUACCGUACGCCGUGGGAACCGGUCCUGGCGUGACAGGAAGGUCUGACUUACGGUUUAUGAGUCCCUGGGACGCGAUCUACGACGGAGACCGGAGUCAGAAGAAGCUGGACGGGCGGAAAGGCCUGAACAGGAUUCCUGGACACAGCUUAACGUGGUGAAACCUCGUGGAUACUGAAACCAAGAUGGCGUCUGAGAGAACCCGGAAGUGGAUCCUCAUUCAACGCUGACCUCGAACGGUAAGGAGCAAGGUAAGGGGAGUGCCUUAAGUAGGCUAGGGGUAGCAAACCAGCACCUCCCACAAAUGCAGGCAAAUUGCCUUAAUACAUAUAUACAUAUAUAUAUAUAUUUUUUUUUUAUUAUGAAUGCUUUCCUAUGUGACCGGCUGAAUACGCGCGCAGCUCUUGCCGCGCGUACGCAUUAAGCCGAUGGGGAGGAGGAUCGGAGGAGGAGAGCUCUCCACCCAGCGCUGGAAGAAGGUAAGUUUUAACCCCUUUCCAGAGCCGGGCGGGAGGGGGACCCUGAGGGUGGGGGCACCCUCAGGGCACUAUAGUGCCAGGAAACAGAGUAUGUUUUCCUGGCACUAUAGUGGUCCUUUAACAUACAUAUACAGUGCAGCAAGUAGAGGAGCUUAUGAGAUUUACAUUUACAAGUAAAGUAAAUAGCACUUAGCUGACGUUGGACAUUCUCACAGAUUACAACGUCAGAUAAGUUCACUAUAGGAAUGCAAUCAGCAAUGCUUCACUAUGGGAGAGGUUUAAAGGACCACUAUAGUGCGAGGAAAACAUACUCUUUUUCCUUGCACUAUAGUACCAGGAGGGUGCACCCACCGUCAGGGUCCCCCUCCCGCCGGGCUAUAGGGUGAGGAAGGGGUUAAACUUACCUCUUUAUCCAGCACCGGGCGGGAAGCUCUCCUCCUCCUCCUCUCCUACUUCUUCUACUCGUCUUUUGUUGAAUUUUUCAGGCACUCCAUAAGAAAGCAUUCACAAUGCUUUCCUAUGGACGCUGGCGUCACGUAUGCGCCUCUAGCGGCUGUCAAGAGACAGCCAAUGGAGUAUGGAUUAAUCCAUUUAUAAACAUAGCAGUUUGUCUGAAAAUGCUAUGUUUACAGCAGUCAGGGUUAAACAUAGGUGGACCUGGCACCCCGACCACUUCUUGAAGCUGAAGUGGUCUAGGUGCCUAUAGUGGUCCUUUAAUCAGUGAGCGGCACAGGACAUGCAGGCACAUUUGGCACACCCUGCAGGAUGACAUUGCGGUAGGCAACAGAACAGACCAGCGCUGAGGUACACUUAAAAAAGUUUACGCUAAGAACUUUGCAAUAAAAUUUUUUGUGACCGUGUGGUCCGUAGUCACCUAAAUGUAGAUUAGGGCACUGUAGCGUUAGUAGUACAAACACACGUUUUAAAGCAAAGACCGAUAAUCUAUAAACUUUAAAGGACCACUAUAGUGCCAGGGAAACAUACUCGUUUUCCUGGCAUUACAGAGCACUGAGGGUGCCCCCACCCUCUGGGUCCCCCUCCCGCCCGGCUCUGGAAAGGGGAAAGUGUUUAAAACUUACCUUUUUCCAGCGCUGGGCGGGGAGCUCUCCUCCUCCGAUCCUCCUCCUCCCCGUCGUCUGAAUGCGCAUGCGCGGCAAGAGCUACGCGCGCAUUCAGCCGGUCACAUAGGAAAGCAUUCAUAAUGCUUUCCUAUGGACGCUUGCGUGCUCUCACUGUGAUUUUCAUAGUGAGAAGCACACAAGCGCCUCUAGCGGCUGACAAUGAGACAGCCAAUAGAGGAUUUGGGGGAAGGAUUAACCCAUUUAUAAACAUAGCAUUUUCUCUAAAAAUGCUAUUUAAAAAAAAAAAAAAAUGGGUUAACCCUAGCUGGACCUGGCACCCAGACCACUUCAUUAAGCUGAAGUGGCCUGGGUGCCUAGAGUGGUCAUUUAAUGCGAAUAGCCACAGCUUACCGAUAUUCGGUACAUUUACGAUUUCAAAAUUAUAAAUAAAUAAAAUUUUGAAAGGUAAAUGCACAAAAUAUACAUGACACAUGUACUAGAUGCAGUGAGGGGCGGAGUCUGACCGCCGAACGGAGCAGAAGCAGGGGACACGAGCUCCUGCUCGACGGGCAGGAAAAGCGGCACAAACGAGGGCUAAAUAGCCCAAAGACCUGCCAGGGUGCAUCACCCACGUCGGGGGUGCACCCCUGAACCAAACGAGAAUUUUUUUUUUUUUAUUAUUUUUUUUUUUUUUGGAGCCUGUAGGAGCUAUAAAAGCGGGACACCAAGCGCGGCCUACAGAAGCCGGAGCCGGGGAGAGGAGGGCCGCUCUCUCUGACACCGGACCCCCUAAGCAACCAAGCAGGUCUCCAACCCCCCCCCUUUGGACCGGUGGGGGAUAUCCCGGUCCCCACUGGACAGACAGACCAGGCAGGCUGAUCAGCCCCUUGGCUACAUCGCCGGCAGGAACGCUGGACCACCGAGGUACACACAACAUGGCCGCCAAGCAGAAGCCAAGAUUGGCGGGCACACACGCCACACCACCAGCUGGCUGCAUGGAGGGCUUUGACAGGCUCUGCAAGGGCCUCUGGACACUACUUCGCCACCGCGGAGUGUCCUGCAACCAAGCAGCCAGAACGAGCGCCUUAUGGAUCCGCCCUGUGACACGCAGACGCCAUUACAGAUACCCACUCCAAGCCAACAGGCCAUCUAAACGGCCACGAAGGCGCCAAAAACCGUCAUGGCGGACCAUAGUACCAGGCUGCCGGAACCCACGCACUCGCACCCAUGCACACAGCAGCUGGAUCAACGAGCCAUCCCUGCAGCCACACCACCUACUCACAACUCUACGCCCGGAGAAGAUGGCUGAGCACCACGUGGCUGUACAGAAGGACGCCUCACACAGAAACACCACAGAUGGAACUAAACCAGGGGGCCCCACUGAGCAGCGAGCUUUAUAUGGACAUAGCAAGUAUCUGCCACCGAUGCCCGUAACAGGCAUAGGCUGAGGGACUCCUGGCCUGCAUAACUAAGCCCCCAGCUUGGGCCCAAAGCAGUAAUACAUACACCCCCCAUCACUACGACCACAUGCUAAAUAGUAUGCGUUGGCACCCUGUGCCUUUAUAAACCCACUUUAGCAAUAGCAGAUCACCUGCCAGGCCACCCAGUGGAACCUCAUUUCAUGUAGAUAGGGAAGCAGGGACAUGUCCUGUUUGCCUUUACAAUCUAAGCAUUAGCUGCUGACUCCACCUUGUCUACAAUGUGUUCUAGAGAUCAUAUAAAUACAAUGUGUGACUAAUCUCUAACAGUUUCAUACCUUAUAUUUUGCAAUGUGCUACCCGUUAAGCGACUAUUACCUACUCCUCCUAUUGUUAGCACAGAUAGAUCAAACAUGUUUCUAUUCCGUAUGCAUAUCACUUCUGUUUUAUAAUAUAUAAAAAUGUGCAGACAUAUUACUUGCCAUGUUUGAAAAUGUAUGAUUUUGCGUGUAACUGCUGUUGUGGCAACACACGCUCGUUGUUAAAACAUGCACAACAAAAAUAAAGAAUUAAAAAAAAAAAAAAAAAAAUGUACUAGAUGCAGUGUGUUUAUACAGGGGAGUUGUGUGUAUUUGUGUAUUGUGUGUAUAUAAUGAAUGCAUAGCGUGUGUGUGUGUGUGUUUCUGGAGGUAUGUAAUUUAGGUUUUAUUCUGUCAAAUUUUUAAUAAAUGUUACCACUCAAAAACAUUGAUAAAAGUCACGCACAAUGCUGAUUCUGAUGACGCAAGACAAUUCUCUGAAAUUAAAAACAAAACCAUAUUAUAUUUAAAAGAAAUUAAAAUUCAUGUUUAAGAUUAGUUGGAUACGUAAAUAUGAUUUUGACUGUGUGCCAGCAGGCGAAAAAUGCAGCCCCAAGAAAGGAAAAGUAAAAAUUCAGGGCAGCACUUUUCACGUGCUGAGCAACAGUGAAACUGUGGCAAUAUGGAGAAAUGUAUUUCUUCAACACAGCCGUUUUAUGUAUGCCCUCAAGGAAAGCACAGGAGAAGAGCCUGCCUUGCAUGCGCUGAAGCGCAAGAUGAAGGACAGAUCUUUUCCUGCGCUCCAAGGAUGGCAUACUAAAAUGGUACAUACCGAUUUGAAAAAACACAAUACAACACUCCAAAACGGGUGGAAAAAAAAAAUUCAAAGAAAGAAAAAAAAAAAAGUGAGUUUGACUGUGUGCCAGCAGGCGAAAAAUGCAGCCCCAAAAAAGGAAAAGUAAAAAUUCAGGGCAGCACUCUUCACGUGCUGAGCAACAGUGAAACUGUGGCAAUAUAGAGAAAUGUAUUUCAGCACCAGAACCUUUUGCAUAGAUAUCUCUUUAUCCUAUAUGUAUAAGCAUACAAUAAGACAAAGAGAGCCAGGCAAACUUUACCCCAAAAUAUAGACAAAUUAAAACUUACCGUAACCACUUUGAAUUUUUCACAAAUUCGAUUGCGCUUUGAACGAUUCGUAAAUCUGCGUUCUGAAAUUGAAAAGAAGAUAAAUAUUAUUUUAAAAAAUAAUUUUUUUUUUUUUUAUAUAUAUAUAUAUACACGACUGUAUGUAUGUCUGUAAUGUAUUGUUUUUGGUGCGACAUAUGUAAACUAAUAAUUGAAAAUAAUGUAUGCAGACAUACAACUACAUAUAUUAAUACAAUUAAUCUCAGAAAAUAUUUUUAAAAAUACAUAUGUACACACAUAAAAACAAAUAUAUAUAAAAUUAAAUAGAUUACAUGUCAUAUGUAAACAAAUCUAGAUUUUUUUUUAAAUAAUGCAAAUAGAUCAAGUAAAGAUUAAACAAAUGACUAAAAUUAAAAAAUAAAAACAAUACAAAGACAUUAAAUUAAUAAUAAAAUAUACAAAUAGGAUAAAAGUUUACUUACAGUCAAUGUGCAGCCAGAUUCCGUUAGGGGAGAUGCUGCUUCUUCUUCUGUACUGCGUCUUCAGUGAGAGAUUCUCUCUCACACACUGGCCUCCGAGGAAUAAAAAAGGAAUAGAAAGCUCUGCGCGUUCACAUCUCAGCAUAGUCUCUAAUGCAGGCGCGCUCACAUCUGAGCUGCCUGCAUUAGAGGGAAUGACGUUAGACGUCCAAGAGGACGUCUGACGUCAGCUCACUGUGAUUUUAACAGUGAGGAUUGAGGAAGCACCAUCUAGUGGCUGUCUCAGAGACAGCCACUGUAGGUGGGAAUAGGGGAAAAAAAAUACACUGCUUUUUCUCUGAAACGGCAGUGUAUUUAAAAAAAAAAAAAAAACUAGAGGUACCUGGCACCAAGACAACUUCAUUGAAAUGAAGUUGUCUUGGUACCUAGAGUGGUCCUUUAAAUUCUACGUGUAUACUUAUGUAAUUAGGAUCUUGAGAAAAGUGUCUGGAGGACGGAAACGUUGACACCAUUUACUGGAAAUGUGAUGCUUUUGAAUAAACCGCACGAUUUGAAAUCAUUCCGAGUCCUGUGAGUGCACUUCAAACAAGGAUUUAUAUAUGUAUUUAAUUAUAUAUAAAAAAAACAAAAUCCAGUUAGAAUGAAAUUACAUAUGUAUAUAAUUUUAUUAAAUUUUGAAAAAAAUACUAAUUUUUUUUUUUUUAAUUCUUUAUUUUCGCGUGCUGCAUAACAGAAGGUAAGUUUACCAUAUGCAUUAAUCAACAUUACCACAAAUGUCAACAAUGGUUUAACAGAGCAUGUUUGCUUAUUUUAUUUAUUAUUGUAAUUAUACGUGUAUGUAUGUAUGUGUGUGUAUAUGUGUAACGUCAUUCUAAGUGUAUUUUAAUACUAAUAUGUGCUUAUAUUAAUAUUAAAAUACACUAUAUAUGACGUGUUAUUUAUAUAUAUAUAUACACACACACACACACACACACACACACACACACACACACACACACACACACACACACACACACACACACACACACACACACCGUUGCAAGAAAAAGUAUGUGAACCCUUUGGAAUGAUAUGGAUUUCUGCACAAAUUGGUCAUAAAAUGUGAUCUGAUCAUCAUCUAAGUCACAACAAUAGACCAUCACAGUCUGCUUAAACUAAUAAACACACAAAGAAUGAAAUGUUGCCAUGUUUUUAUUGAACACACCAUGUAAACAUUCACAGUGCAGGUGGAAAAAGUAUGUGAACCCUUGGAUUUAAUAACUGGUUGAACCUCCUUUGGCAGCAAUAACUUCAACCAAACGUUUCCUGUAGUUGCAGAUCAGACGUGCACAACUGUCAGGAGUAAUUCUUGACCAUUCCUCUUUACAGAACUGUUUCAGUUCAGCAAUAUUCUUGGGAUGUCUGGUAUGAAUCGCUUUUUUGAGGUCAUGCCACAGCAUCUCAAUCGGGUUGCGGUCAGGACUUUGACUGGGCCACUUCAGAAGGCGUAUUUUCUUAUGUUUAAGCCAUUCUGUUGUUGAUUUACUUCUAUGCUUUGGGUCAUUGUCCUGUUGCAACACCCAUCUUCUGUUGAGCUUCAGCUGGUAGACAGAUGGUCUUAAGUUCUCCUGCAAAAUUUCUUGAUAAACCUGGCAAUUAAUUUUUCCUUCGAUGAUAACAAUCCGUCCAGGCCCCGACGCAGCAAAGCAGCCCCAAACCAUGAUGCCCCCACCACCAUACUUCACAGUUGGUAUGAGGUUUUGAUGUUGGUGUGCUGUGCCUUUUUUUUUCGCCACACAUAGUGUUGUGUGUUUCUUCCAAACAACUCAACUUUGGUUUCAUCUGUCCACAGAAUAUUUUGCCAGUACUGCUGAGGAACAUCCAGGUGCUCUUGUGCAAACUGUAAACGUGUAGCAAUGUUUUGUUUGGACAGCAGUUGCUUCCUCUGUGGUAUCCUUCCGUGAAAUCCAUUCUUGUUUAGUGUUUUACGUAUUGUAGAUUCGCUAACAGGGAUGUUAGCAUUUGCCAGUGACUUUUGUAAGCCUUUAGCUGACACUCUAAGAUUCUUCUUCACCUCAUUGAGCAGUCUGCGCUGUGCUCUUGCAGUCACCUUUACAGGACGGCCACUCCUAGGGAGAGUAGCAGCAGUGCUGAACUUCCUCCAUUUAUAGACAAUUUGUCUUACCGUGGACUGAUGAACAGCAAGAACUGGUGUGUGUUUUUUAUAGGGCAGGGCAGCUGUAACCAACACCUCCAAUCUCAUCUCAUCUCAUUGAUUGGACUCCAGUUGGCUGACAUCUCACUACAAUUAGCUCUUAGAGAUGUCAUUAGUCUAGAGGUUCACAUACUUUUUCCACCUGCACAGUUACAUAGUUACAUAGCUGAAAAGAGACUUGCGUCCAUCAAGUUCAGCCUUCCUCACAUUUGUUUUUUGCUGUUGAUCCAAAAGAAGGCAAAAAAACCCAGUUUGAAGCACAAUUUUGCAACAAGCUAGGAAAAAAAUUCCUUCUUGACCCCAGAAUGGCAGUCAGAUUUAUCCUUGGAUCAAGCGGUUAUUACCCUACAUUGAAAGAUUAUAUCCUUGAAUAUUCUGUUCUUGCAAGUAUGCAUCUAGUAGCCGUUUGAACAUCUGUAUGGACUCUGAUAAAACCACUUCUUCAGGCAGAGAAUUCCACAUCCUGAUUGUUCUUACAGUAAAAAAACCUUUCCUUUGCCUUAGACGAAAUCUUCUUUCUUCCAGUCUAAACGCAUGGCCUCGUGUCCUAUGUAAAGUCCGGUUUGUGAAUAGAUUUCCACACAAUGGUUUGUAUUGGCCCCGAAUAUAUUUGUAUAAUGUUAUCAUAUCCCCUCUCAGGCGACGUUUUUCUAAACUAAAUAGGUUUAAAUUUGUUAACCUUUCUUCAUAGCCGAUAUGUUCCAUUCCUUUUAUUAAUUUUGUAGCCCGCCUCUGCACUUUUUCUAGUGCCAUAAUAUCCUUCUUUAGAACAGGUGCCCAAAAUUGCACAGCAUAUUCAAUAUGGGGUCUUACCAGUGAUUUAUAAAGAGGCAAAAUUAUAUUCUUGUCCCGAGAAUGAAUGCCCUUUUUUCAUGCAUGACAAUACCUUACUGGCCUUGGCCACUGCUGAUUGACAUUGCACAUUGUUACAUAGUUUGUUGUCUAUAACAAUUCCCAAGUCCUUUUCAUGUGUUGUUAUCCCUAAUUCGCUUCCAUUAAGGGUAUACGUUGCUUGUGUAUUCUUUACGCCGAAGUGCAUAACUUUUUGCAUUUUUCAACAUUAAAUUUCAUCUGCCAUUUGAGUGCCCAGUCUCCCAGUCUAUCUAAAUCCCUCUGCAGCAAAGUAAUAUCUUGCUCACAUUGUAUUGUUUUACAAAGUUUUGUGUCAUCUGCAAACACUGAAACAUGACUUUCAAUGCGGUCUUCAAGAUCAUUUAUAAACAUGUUAAAUAGAAGGGGUCCCAGAACAGACCCCUGAGGGACACCACUUGCCACCUCUGUCCAGCUUGAAAAUUUACCAUUAAUGACAACUCUUUGUACUCUGUUUUUAAGCCAAUGUUCUACCCAAGAACAAGCAUUUUCAUCUAGACCUAUUUCCUUGAGUUUGAACACUAAUCUAUUGUGUGGAACUGUAUCAAAUGCCUUGGCAAAAUCCAAAAAGAUCACAUCCACGGCAUCACCCUGAUCUAUACUUCUACUUACUUCUUCGUAGAACGCAAUCAAGUUAGUUUGACAUGACCUGUGCUUCAUAAAACCAUGCUGAUUUUGCUGAUAACCAUGUUCUUCUCAAGGAAUUCUUGAAUAUUAUCCCUUAAUAAACUUUCAAAUAUUUUACCAGCCACAGAAGUUAAGCUCACAGGUCUAUAAUUUCCAGGCAAGGAUUUUGAACCCUUUUUGAAUAUAGGAACCACAUCAGCCUUCCUCCAAUCCUCCGGAACACUUCCUGAAAGAAAAGAAUCUUGAAAGAUUAAAAACAGAGGUUCACUUAUUUCUGCACUUAGUUCCUUAAGUACACGUGGAUGGAUGCCGUCAGGCCCUGGAGCUUUGUUUAUAUUAACUUUCUUUAGUUGCUGCAGCACCUUGUCUUGAGUUAACCAAUUACAAUUAUUCUGCAAGUUUUUAGUAGCUAUCAUUUGCACAUCUAUUGCCAUAGGUUCUUCCUUAAUAUAUACGGAGGAGAAAUAGUUAUUUAAAAUUCCUGCCUUUUCCUGGUCUUCAUUAAUUAACACCCCCGUUUCAGUUUUUAGUGUACCUACACUUUCAUUUUGGUUUUUUUUAGAAUUUAUGUACUUAAAAAAAUGCUUUGGGGUUGGUUUUGCUCUCUUCAGCUAUCAUUAUUUCAUUUUGAAGUUUAGCAAGUCUAAUUGCCUUUUUGCACGCAUUAUUUGCAUCCUUAUAUCUUUUAUAAGAUGCAUCUGAUUUGUCCGAUUUAAAUGCUUUAAAUGCCCUUCUCUUACUUGUAAUCUCUUGUUUUACUUCUCUACUAAGCCAUGUUGGUUUUAAUUUGUUUCUUUUAUAUUUAUUUCCCAAUGGUACAUACUGAGAAAUGUACCUUUGUAAUAUUUGUUGGAAGAUGAUCCAUUUAUCCUCAGUGUUUUUUCUUUUCGCUAAAGAGUUAAUGCCAGUCAAUAUAUUGUAAAGCUUCCCUUAACUUAUUGAAAUUAGCCUUUUUAAAAUUAUAUGUUUUAGUAUUCCCCAUGUGCUUUUGUUUUUUUGAGUUUAUUUCAAAGGACACUAUAUUGUGAUCACUAUUUCCCAAGUGCUCACCUACUUGAAUGGUGGUCAAAAGAUCAACGUUGUUUGUUAAAACCAGGUUCAGACAAGCAUCCAUUCUAGUUGGUGCUUGUACAAGUUGUGACAUGAAGGUGUCAUUUAACAAGUUUAAAAACCUAAUUCCCUUUGCUGAGGCACUAGUCCCUCUGUCCCAAUUUAUAUCCGGAUAAUUAAAAUCUCCAAUAAUUAAAGUGUUACCCAGAUUUGCAGCUUUCUCAAUUUGCUCAAACAGCUGUUGUUCCUCGUCAAUAUUAACAUUAGGUGGUUUAUAACAUAUCCCAACCAAUAGCUGGUUUCCCUUCUUUUCCCCCAAGCAGAUAUUUACCCAUAAAGCUUCCACAUUAUCCUCCUCGCAUUCCAUUUGCUUAACAUUUGGCUUUAAAUCAUGUUUGACAUACAAACAUACCCCACCACCCUUCUUGUUUUUCCUAUCCUUCCUAAAUAGCAUGUACCCAUUUAAGUUAGCUGCCCAGUCAUGUGUCUCAUCCCACCAUGUUUCAGUUAUGCCUAUUAUAUCAUAUUGUUUAGUGUAUGCUAAUGCCUCUAGUUCCCCAUUUUGUUAUUUAGGCUCCUUGCAUUAGUAAGCAUACAUUUAAUAUUAUGCAUCACUUGUAUAUUUUGUGAAUUUUCAACAUUACACAGCUUCUCUGUUCUGAGCUUGCCCUCCCACCGUUUCCACCCCCCUUGUACUGUGCUAAAGCCCAUCUCCUUUCUGUCCUAUCUCCAUUUUGUAGAUUGCUAUGACCCUCCCCCCCUACUACUAGUUUAAAAUCUCCUCCAACCUUCUAGCCAUCCUAUCCCCCAGCACUGCAGACCCUCUCCCGUUUAGGUGCAAUCCAUCACCACUAUAAAGGUUGUGAAUGUUUACAUGGUGUGUUCAAUAAAAACAUGGCAACAUUUCAUUCUUUGUGUGUUUAUUAGUUUAAGCAGACUGUGAUUGUCUAUUGUUGUGACUUAGAUGAUGAUCAGAUCACAUUUUAUGACCAAUUUGUGCAGAAAUCCAUAUCAUUCCAAAGGGUUCCCAUACUUUUUCUUGCAACUGUGUGUGUGUGUAUGUGUGUGUGUGUGUGUGUGUGUGUGUGUGUGUAUGUGUGUGUGUGUGUGUGUGUGUGUAUAUAUAUAUAUAUAUGUGUGUGUGUGUGUGUGUGUGUGUGUGUGUGUGUGUGUGUGUGUGUGUAUAUAUAUAUAUAUACACACACACACACACACCGUAUUUUUCGCUCCAUAAGACGCACUUUUUUUCCCCUCAAAAGUGAGGGGAAAUGUCUGUGCGUCUUAUGGAGCGAAUGUGAAGCUUGACUUACCUGUCUUGUAGCGUGGGCCGGCUUCACAGCACGCUCCGCGGUACAGGAACCUUAAUUUCAGGUUCCGGUUUCCGGCGGGACUGAAAGGAAGAGCACAGUGUGCACACUUCCUUUCAGUCCCGCCGGAAACCGGAACCUGAAAUUGAAGUUCCUGUACCGCGGAGCGCGCUGUGAAGCCGGCCCACGCUACAAGACAGGUAAGUAAUUAUGUGACAAGGGGAGGGGGGGACUCUAUGGGACUAUGGGAGGGAAAGUGCACUAUGGGACAAGGGGGGACACACUAUGGAAUGAGAACACUAUUGGACAAGGGGAGGAGGGGUUAACAAUCACUAUGAGACAGGGGAGGAGGGUUUAAAGAUAACUAUGGGACAAGGGAGGGGGGUUAAAGAUCAUUAUGGGACAGGAGAGGGGAGUGGGUGGUAAGGAACAAAAAAUUGCUUAAAAAAAAAAUAAAAAAAUAUUCUGAACAAACUGUCCCAUAGUAAGAAACACCAUGGAACAGUUCAGAAUAUUUUUUUUUCCUCCUCUAAAAACUAAACUAAAAAUAUAUCUAUUUGAAGGCAUGGCCUGAAGUUGUGGGAGGGGCUAUAGACCUAUAAAAGGGACUCCCCCCUUUCCCUACUUACCUUUUGUUGGUCAGACGAAUAGACUGUUCAAGGUCAGCAUUUGCAUGAGAUCCACUUCCAGGUCAUACAAGACGCCGUUUUGGUUUCACCUCUGCUACAUGAGGUCUCCUACUCCAAGCUGUGUCCAGGAAUCCUGCAGCAGGGCUUUCCGUUAAUCCAGUGGCUUUCUCUCCGGUCAGCAUAGUAUUUGGUGUCUCAGGGACUCUCAAACCGUAAGUUGACCCAUCUGUCGCGCCAGGAUUAGUUCCCACGGCGUUCAGCACGGGUCCUCGCUUUACGGUUUCCUUUCGUUUUGCACGGUUAUUUUGCUACCUUAUACUCACCUAGCUGUUCAUGUAAAAUCUGUUUUGGUUAAAAUCUGUUCGGUUAAAACUACAAACGAAAUACAAUUUUUUUUAUUUUUUUUUCGCCUACACACUGGUGUACUACAGGCUUCUUAGACAUUAUCGCAUUUCAUGUACAAAGCAACGAACCACUGCAUUUUUCACCUACAUACUGACCCCUACCGGUCAUUCAGUGUACUACAGGCAUCUCAGACAUUUAUUGCAUUUCAUGUACAAACCAACGAACCACUGCAUUUGCUCCUACACACUGACCCCUACCGGUCAUUCAGUGUACUACAGGCUUCUCAGACAUUAUUGCAUUUCAUGUACAAACCAACGAACCACUGUAUUUGUGCCUACACACUGACCCCUACCGGUCUUUUGGUGUACUACAGGCUUCUUAGACAUUAUCACAUUUCAUGUACAAACCAACGAACCACUGCAUUUUUGCCUACACACUGACCUCUACCGGUCUUUUGGGGUACUACAGGCUUCUUAGACGUUUUUCGCAUUUCAUGUACAAACCAAUAAACCACUGCAUUUUCACCUACACACUCCUAUCGGUCAUUCAGUGUACUACAGGCUUCUCAGACAUUAUUGCAUUUCAUGUACAAACCAACAAACCACAGCAUUUUCGCCAACAUGCUGACCCCUGCCGGUCAAUCUGUAUACUACAGGCUUCUCAGAUUUUAUUUCACUUCAUAAGCAAACAAACUAACUACAGCAUUUUAUACUGACUCCUAUCUGUCAAACUUUUCAGACAUAUGGUUAUUCCCCUCAUAACAUUCCCACUAUAAUUAUAAUUACACAAUAACACUUCCUUACAACUCAUGCUUGCUAUGAUAUAAUCAUACCUGCCUACAUAGGCAUUUAGUUACAUUUGCCGACAAUACGCAUACAUUUACCCAAGAAUGCACAUACUAUUUAAAGCACUAUGCAGAAUUCCAGAGUCUAAUACGGAAUAUUUGCAUGUUUGCACGCUUAAAAUACAAGUCCUUCCAAUUACGUAUUUUCACAUAUUCGGUUAUUCAGCUGCCAGUCAUGGUUCACUACACUCAUGUUUCGGGGUACAGUAGUAUUCCAUAUCACACAUGAUAUAACACUCCCGACAAGUUAAGUUCCUUCAAACAGGGGCAUUACGAGCAUUCAAUAAACAUUGGGACGGAGCACUUUGCUCUAUUAAACUUGCAUAACACACAUAUGGGUAUACGCUUUUAAAUGUCUAUAUAUUCAUUUUUCAUACAUUGAUUUACCCGUCCGGGACAUAGGUAUUAAUAACCCUUACGACCAGUAAGGGUAUCUAAUCAUACUACCAGGUACAUACACCUGCUCAUGUGGUAUAUACAUACAUUUUCUGUUUCCCCCUGGGUAUGUCCUUGGCGUACAUGCAAUUAGGGACUAUAGGUUUCCAAUAGGUAUUCUCAUUUCUUGGCAUCUACGCCUGUCGUAUAGUGGUCCCGCGAGGCCAACACCCCGCCUCAACGCUCGGAAGCAAACUCCCAUCGGGCCACUCGCGAGCUAGCCGCCUCGCAUGGUAUAUAGAGAGGGCCUCGCCUGUCACUCCCUUCCCCUUUUUUUUGGUUACAGUCACCGAGAGGCCAACAUCCUGCAACUACGUUUGGUGGCCACAAAAAUCCCCUCGCGCCAUUGUAUAGAAAGAGCCUCUCAAGCCACUUGGCAACUAGCAGGGCCUCACCUGUCACCAAACAAAGAAUUAAUUGUUUUGCCAUGCGAUUUAAGCUAGCAAGCCAGUACUAGCACACUGUGGGUUCAUAUAAUAAUGGCUAUCUUCAUGUUUUUAGUAUGUGUCAAGCAGGAGGUAAGUAUUUCUCUCUACCUAACACUCCAGCUAGAGUCAACACACUUUCACUUGGAGAAGUUGUUGCCAGUCCCACACGACAAUUUUGUCCCAACACAGCGGACGAUCACAUUUCAGGCUCCAGGCUCUAACACCUCUGGUAGUACGUAGAGAACUACCAGAGACAAAUUGGGUCAUCUCAUUCUCUUUGGCAAAUCCCAGAUUUGCAACAAUUUCCAUGUUGGCACAUGUAGUUUCGGUGCAUGCAGAUAUGCUCUCAAUAUGUCAGGGCACAUGCAAACCAUGUGUCCCAAUAAAUGUACCUUACUUCACGUCUGUAAACAUUAUGCAUUUCCAGUACUUUCUAACUCCUCACCCUUCCAGACAUUUAGCUGAUUUCCUAAUCUCCGAAUUUUAAAGGACUUCCGUACAGGUAUUGCCAUAUACUUUUUGGGGGAAUCUAGAAUGCCCUAACUUGCAGUAAUCACAGCAGCAUCCAACAGCAGGCAUUACACUCAUGACCCAAGAAAUGGCAGAAAGAUUUCUACUUGGGCCUCUCCGAUCUACACCAUUUACAGCGUGGCGCAAUCCCAUUGGGAUUGUCACAGGGAAUCUUCCCUCACGCUGUAACUGAUCAUAGACUUACCUGCACCUCAUGCCUUGGCUACCCCAAGUCUAAACUCCCUCAUACCCUCCGAGGAGUUUUCAUUACAGUAUGCCACCAUUGUUCAUACCAUUACAGCUAUCACUCAAGCAGGGGGGAAGCCUGGUUAAGUAAAAUUGAUAUCACAAACGCAUUUCAGACUGCCACCAUCCACCCUACACUGGCACUUACAGGGCAUUUAUGGGCAACAGUUAUAUAUUUCUUCUCCCGCUUAAAGGACCACUAUAGUGCCAGGAAAACAUACUCGUUUUCCUGGCACUAUAGUGCCCUGAGGGUGUCCCCACCCUCAAAGUCCCCCUCCCGCCGGGCUGGAUGGAUCUCUUUCUCCAGCGCCGGGCGGGGAGCUCUCCUCCUCCUCUCCGCCUCUUCAGCUGCAUGCGCGGCAGGAGCCGCGCUCACAUUCAGCCAGUCCAUAGGAAAGCAUUUACAAUGCUUUCCUAUGGACGCUGGCGUCUUCUCACUGUGAAAAUCACAGUGAGAAGCGCGGAAGCCCUCUAGUGGCUGUCAAUGAGACAGCCACAGGAGGCUGGAUUAACCCUAAUAAAACAUAGCUGGACCUGGCACCCAGACCACUUCAUUAAGCUGAAGUGGUCUGGGUGCCUAUAGUGGUCCUUUAACUUUCGGGUCAAGAGCAGCCCACAAUCUUCAAUAUAUUCGUUGAACUCUUUGCUGGUUAUGGUUAAACCUAUCCAGAUGCCCCACUGUCAUACACUCACGAGAUGAUUUCUUGUUGGUCAAAGGGAAUGCCUUUACCUCUAGAAGUUUCAAGGAAGCCAUUAGUAUGUCUUAACACUUGGGUGUCCCAGUAUUCCCUAAGGUCACAGAAGACCCAGACACUAUCGUUACAUUCCUGGGCACACAACUUGACUCUGCAUCCAUGCCAACAAGUUACCACGUGAGAAAUAGGAACAGUCGCAACAACACCAAAUUACCACCUCAUGCUUGGUACUUGCAACCGCAUGGAACUACAAUCCCUACCAGGUUCCUUAAAUUUUGCCAUGCGCAUCAUACCGCAGGCCGCGCUUUCAUUUAAGAUCACUUUGCUUUUUCCACACUCCCGUGUGAUGAUCAGGGGCUGUUCCUAGACAACCAAGCCACGGCAGACCUACACAUAUGGUGGACUUUCUUAACCACACGUAAUGGUAAACUAUUGUGGCAGCUGCCGUGACAGCCGCCACGGCAGGGGGGUCAUUUAUGGUCAAGGUCAUGGAUUACAUGAACCUCGCCAACAUAGCGGACUCUGACAAAACUGGCCUUGUCCACCAGAACUCAAUACACUUGCUAUAGGGUUUUCCACUUAUACAAUACGUUUCAUGUCGGACCAUCACUUAGCUGGUUUUAGGUUUCACCACUUAUGGCCUUCGCCUCUUUUUGCCACCUUAAGUUAAAAAUUCUUGCACAACACAGUUAAACUUAUCUCACGGGCAUUCAACACUAUACAUAUUUCUCCUUCCCAAACAAGGGUUCCUAUCCUCCUACCCCAUCCAUACCUUACUUAGAGACAUAGCCAAGCGGACAUUCCAGCUAAAACUAGAUACUGGCCAUAGACCUACAAUGUUCAAACCAUGUCAGAACUACUCGACCAUGCACCUUUCCGAGCCAUGCACCAAUGCAGUUAUCAAAACUGCUACCUUUCUAGCCUUUAACGGCUUUCUCAGGCCAAAAAAUAACUCCCUAUCAGCAGCCAACAUCAUAAACAACCGUGCCUGUUGACCUCUUAUCUUCUAAAACACACAGACCACUAUGUCCCUUCCUAAAACUAAGACGAGUCAGAUGGGCGAGCUAGUGCAUAUAACCUAUGUAGCAAACUUAACCCUUUAAGAGAGUUUGCCAUGAGCUUUUGGAGGGGCUUGCUUGCCCGCCUCCUGCCAUGUGACUAUGCCCCUGGGGGUAUUGCCCUUUAAAGACAGUAUUUGGGCAUGAUGGAUUUUUAUUAUGCGGCUACUGGCCCUUUAAGCACGGUGUAUGGACUUCUAUUAGACUGUGUAUAGAUUGUGUAUAGGAAGGUGUACCUCUCCCCGUUUCCUGUCCCAUUGUUCUCUAGCUGGGCGUUGUCCCAGGCACACUGCCAGACUAGUUGGAACUGGUUUGGGCUGGAAAGCCAUGCUUCAGUGGGCCUAAAGGGACCUCCACAAAACUUUAAACCCCCAUAACUCCUGAACCCCUGAUCUGAUCUGGGUGAUUUUUGGAUAUGUGUCUCACCCAGAUCAGGGCUACCAGGGGAUGUAAUAUUUAAAGGGGUACUCCUAGGUUUAGGGGUACAUCCAGAAAACAAGGGGAACUGUGUCUUACAUUAAUGGAAUUAUGUGUCACACUAAGGGGAGGGGAUGUGAGGGUGGCAACUCGUGUAUGAUCGGUGUAUUGUGUAAUUACUGUAAAUCCCUCCCUUGCAUGGGAGAAUGCUUUUAAAAGAAGGUUGUGUGAUUAAAAGUUGAGUUCCACUCCUGAUACUGUGUCGUCCAGUUAUUGGGAAAGGUGAUGGGAUAUUAUUGGAUUGUAUUGCUGAUUGUGCUGGAUAUUCUCUUGGAUUUAUCACUUGUUCCUGCAUCCUCUUAAAGUACUUGGUGGAGUUUAGCUGUGAGAAAUCAGCUUUCCGCUACAUUGGUGGCAGCGGUGGGAUGGCGUCCUAGUGCGAGGUAAAGCAGCUCAGAGACACCGUUCGUGGAGUUACAAAUUGAGGGCAACGCUAGCACACGUGCAGCGCCCCUGGGAGCAGAGGUAUCCAGUGACUUGGAGCAUACAAGUAUGGAAGGCUCUAGCGAUGAUUGGAUGGCCGAGUUGAGGCAGCGAGUGGCCCAGUAUGGGGAUGAUGUACCAUGGAGAUACGCCGGGUGAUCUGGAACCAGGUCACGGCCGAGCGAGACACAAGGCUGGCCUGAAAAUGCCGGCUGGCGAAAGAGAGAGAGAGAGUAUGCUCAGCGGAAGGAGUGUUACAGCAGCCGAGUAGAGGCUGCAUCUGAGGAGGCUAGCCGUGUCCCAGGCUUCCGGAGGAACCCGAAGUAGGGGUCCUCAUAGACUUGUCCGGUGAGGAACCACAACUGGCAGGUGGAGAUGGGACCGAGGUCUCUCCACCGGGAUGCUGGGCAGCCGGCCCAGAUCCCCAGCAGCAGCCGGAGUUGCCAGGUGCGGAAGCAGGUUGUCCUUACUCGCAAAUGUUGAGGGACCUCACAGACUGGUCCUGGGAAGACCCACAGAUGGCAGGUGGAGAUGGGACGGUGGUCUCUCUACCAGCCCUACAGGGAUGCUGGGCGGUCGGCCCAGAUCCCCAGCGACAGUAUGUAUCACAGGGAGCUGAAGGUGCUGUCCUUCCUCCCCAGCGGCAGUAUGUAUCACAGGGAGCCGAAGGUGCCGUCCUUCCUCCCCAGCGGCAGCGUAUUUCACAAAGGGUAGACCUUAUUCUCCCAGAUGGGGCAGAUGAGACAGUCAGUCUCGCUUCCCAGCAGCAGGACAAUAUAUUGAAAGGGGAGACAGUCGGUCCCCCUCUCCACCAGCAGAGAGAGUGUAAGGGAGAGGAGCUUGUUACCCCCUCUCCCCAGCAGCAGCUUAGCCCACCAAGGGGAGACACUAAGCCCCCCCACCAGCGCAGAUGGGACCGUGGUCUCUGCGCCCAAGCUACAGGGAGUACGGACAGUCGGUCCUGCUCCCCAGCGGCAGAGUAUUCUACCAGGAGGAGAGAGUCUCGUUCCCCCUCCCCAGCGGCAGCAUAGCCCACCAAGGGGAGAUAAGCCCCCCAUCAGCGCAGAUGGGACCGUGGUCUCUGUGCCCAAACUACAGGGUGUAGGGACAGUCGGUCCUGUCCCCCUGCAGCAGGGCUGUUUAUCCAAAGGGGAGACAGCCUGUCUUCCCCUCCAGCAGCAGCCCCAGGUCCGGAGUAAGGAGCCUACUACGCAAUUCCCUCACCUGGCUCCAACCAUGCUACUCUCGUGGUAGCGCUGGCACCAGGGCAGAGUACUGCUGGUCUCUGCCCACCCAGCAACCCACCGAUCCAGAGUGCUAGUACCCCCCAGAGCCGAGGUGGAGCUCCUGGACCUGGACAAGCGACCCACUACUCCAGGUGUAGUAACCAAUUUUCGUGGGUGGGUUAUACUGCGGAUUCUGUUUUGUGGGUGGGUUGCUGGACUAACCAAGGCACUGACCGACAGGAGGCCAGAUACCUUGUUAGUCUUUUUUGGAAAGGGGAGAAAUGUGGCAAAACCAACCUCGCUAUUGGGCAUUGGAGAAGCCUGUUUGCCCACCUCCUGCCUGCUGACUAUGGCGCUGGGAGAUUUGGCCCUUUAAAUACAGUAUUGGGGCAUAUUGUAUUUUAUUAUGCUGCUGCUGGCCCUUUAAGAACUAUCUGGGGACAUACUGUGGAGUUAUUGGGUGGCCACCAUUUCAUGUAUCAGAGGCACAUGGUGAGAACAAUGGAUGAAGCACAUGGUGAGAACAAUGGAUGGCGGCCAUUUUAACUCACAGACACUGUUUGGACUUUCUGCACGGUGCCAUCUCGCCAGUAUUUGGUGCACGAAGACAUCGUUCAGUAGUUUUAAACUAUACAACAGGGGACACAUUAUACAGUAAUUAUUUUUCAUAUAGCCUGUAUAUGUUCUGCGGAAUCUGCAUUAAACUGCAUCUUCCAAACUACAGAACGGAUCUGGGUGAAUUUUGGAUAUGUGGUUCACCCAGAUCCCCCGGUUCUGAGGAUAUACUUUAUGGGGUUAUUGCAUGUUUUGGGCUCCCUGUGAUAUGUUUUAUAAUACUGUAUUUCUCUGCCUGUGAUAAUUAGAUUAACCAUUGUGUUCAGUAAUCGAGUGUUUUCCUGGCACUAUAGUGGUCCUUUAACAAAUGCACUAUGAUCCUGUAUAAUGUUUUGCAUUAAUGUCUCUUUUUGACCACUUUUUACUGGCCUACAGCAUACGUCUGUUUCGGCACACCUCAACUGAUUAUUCCUAAAGCUACAUCUCUACAGCCCAUCUUAUUCUAUAUCAUAUGAGAAUUCCCUGAAUAUAAAUAAAUAAGUAAAGUAAAUUAAAAUUUUUUUAUAUAUAUAUAUAUAAAUAUAAAAAUUUUUUUUUUUUUUAAUUUACUUUAUUUAUAUUCAGGGCAUUCUCAUAUGUAUAUAUCUCAUAUAUAUAUAUAUAUAUAUAUAUAUAUAUAUAUAUAUAUAUAUAUAUAUAUAUAUAUAUAUAUAUAUAUAUAUAUUUUUUUUUUUUUUUACAGAAUCCAGUGCACUCGCUUAUUCACUAAACAAUGAUUUCAAUUUUUUAUUUAUUUUUUUUGACAAUCUUUAUUUAGUAUCUUUUUCAUUUGAAGAGACCAGUAACAGUCAGAGGCACUACAAUGUGUCUGCAUCAGAGUCAACAUCUUGAAUAAAACAAAAAAGGAAGAAAGGGAACUGUGCACUUCUAACAGUUGGCUAUACCCAGUGUACCAGCCUGAGUUCAGGUCUGCGGCUGCAGCCUUGUCUGGUAGCUAAGAAGGAUAUAGAAUGACCUCUGCUGUUUUGGUAUUUUUGGUCGUCUCCCCACCAUGUUUUCCCGGCUGCGCCCUAGCCAUCUGUGUUAGGCAACAGUAUGCCGGUUCUCCACUUGUGUGUUAGUUGUAGCCACAAACUUAUUUUUUAUUUUUAUGAGCCCUUUUAAUAUCAGUAUCGGGUGAACUACUGUUGCGGUUACGGUAUGUAAUCUACAGUCAUAGCGAACCUCUUAGGAGUCUAUAAUCCACAGUUCGUGGUCAUGGCUUCUCAGUUAUUUCACCAUUGUGAGGCCUGCGGGCUAGGGCGUAUAGGCUCUUCGGGCUCUUGUUGCUGGCAGUCAGUCAUUAAACUGGGCUGGUCGGUCAUGGGGGGGUAUGUCCGGGCUUCUGUCUGUGCCGCAGCCUGAUGGGUUGCUGGUGUGAGAGUCUAUGCGUUUGCUUCGGGUCAAGUCAGGUUUCCACCCCAGGAGCUAUUCCAUUCUGCCACUGUGUCUCUCUAUCUACUUAUUAUGCAAAGGUCUGGGCUUAUGUCUCUCAUGCUGAUGCGCUUUCUUAUUUUGGUGUCGUAGGUGUGGGUAUCUUGUUUCUGUCUAGUUUUAUCCAACUGUUGAGUGCUUCCCAUCCUAUCCAGGGACGUAUCGUGUCCCUAAUGUGGGUCUGUCCGCGUGAAUAUGUAAUCCCUCUGGUCGUUUGGGGGAUAGUCCGAGGUCCCGUCAUGAGGUGGGGGGUGGGGGGGUGGGAGAUGUUGACACAAGGGGUAAUGGGUAGGUGGGGGGUUUAGGUAUGUGUGCUCUGGGCUUCUGAGAGCCCCUGAGGUAUUGUGUUUGGGGUUUUAGAGGCAGCUCUAAGCCUGUGACUUCUUGUAUCUCCCCCCUGAUUGUCUCCCAGUAUGGGGUGAUUGCGGGGCAUGUCCACCACAUGUGGAAGUAUGUGCCGGGGUGCGUGCCACAUCUCCAGCAUGUGUCCGGAGUGUUCUCUUGCAUGCGGUGUAGAGUGUCGGGUGUUCUGUACCAUCGAGUUAAUAUUUUGUAGUUCAGUUCUUCGAACUGAUAGAGCACUUGUGUGUGAGCGUGUAGAUCUUGUCCCAUUCCUGUGCGGAAAGGGACUCCCCCGUGUCUUUCUCCCAGUGGUCCUUGAAUCUGAGCACCACAUCCCCACUGGUCUGGGUCUGGAGUGUGGCGUAUAGGGUCGAGAUACCCCUGGGUAUGUGUGUUCGGUGUACGCACAGAAGUUCAAAGCUGGUAAGGGGUCUGAGCAGGUCCCCACGUCCCGGUAGGGAUUGGAAGUACUUUUUUAUCUGGUGGCAGCGAAACUGUUCGAGUAACGUUGGCGUUCUGCCUGGGUAGAGGUCUCUGAGUGGUUUAAGUCCUUGUGGGCUGAACCAUUGGUGCGGAUACAUCCAGUCGGACGGUUGGAGGCCAGAUAGGUCAUUAUGGGUUAGGGCAUCUGCAAGGUCCAGGUUGUGCGUGAUGGGCGUUAGGGGGCUAGGUGAGGUGGUAAGCUGUAGUCGGUAGCGUGUAGCUAUCCACACUCUGUGUGGCAUCGACUAGGGGUUUUUUGGUUUGUAGGUCUGUGUACGUGGUGGUGUGCAGCCACAGUCUGGAGGGUAUUUUCCGAUCUGUCUGCUCUAGUUCCAAAGACACCCACUGUUUCAAAGGAUGUUGUACGUGCCAGUCCGUUAGUCUAUGCAGGUGUGUGGUGCGAUAGUACGUCUCUAUGGAGGGUAGUCACGUUUCCCCCCCACCCCCACCAGCCAUCUGUUUUGGCUUUGGGUGUUGUUGUUUUUUUUUUUCGUGCGGGUAGGGCGGGAGAUCCAAACAAACCGGCGGAUGGCGGUUGUUAUGGAGCUGAAGAAGGCUCUGGGCACUGUGAUCGGCACUGUCUGGGAUAGAUAGCGUAUUCUGGGCAGCACGUUCAUUUUGACUGCAUUGAUCCACCCAAACCACGAAAUGUAGUGUGGGGACCAUUUUUUAAGGUCUGCCUGCAGUGAUUGAAGUAGCGGGAGAUAGUUAUGGUGGUAUAGUUGAGACGGGUCCUUGGGUAACCAUAUACCCAAAUAUUUCAGUUUGGUGUUGCACCACUUGAAUCGGUACUGGGUAUAGAGGUGUGUUAGGGGAUCUUUGAGGGUCGGUAGGUGGAGGGCCUCAGACUUAUCAGUGUUGAGCUUAAGGUUAGAAAUCGCUCCAUACUCUCGGAAAGAGAGGAGGUUGGGUAACGAAAGCAGCGGCUGUGUGAGAAAGAACAGCAUGUCGUCCGCGUACGCAGCUACUCUGUAUUCAUUACGACCAACGCUGAAUCCUGUGAUUCCCCCGUUCCGUCUGACCGCCCCCAGGAAUGGUUCCAGGGAGAGAGCAAACAGGAGGGGGGACAGUGGGCAUCCCUGGCGGGUGCCAUUUUGGAUCGGGAAAGGGGCAGACAGUGCCCCAUUAAUGCGGAUCCGUGCCAUGGGACUCGUGUACAGGGAGAGCACCCAUGACAGCAUGUGUGGACCGAAUCCCAUGUAUGCGAGUGUGUUCUCCAGAUAUUUCCAGUCUACCCGGUCAAAAGCCUUUGAUUUCAAAUCUUAGAGAUUAAAGUUUUAUUUAAAGACACUGCAUAAGCCUGCCAACUACGUCAAAGUACCCCAUAUUCGGCAGGUCCUAUCCUAGUAGCAGCCUAAUGCUUGCUCUUAUGAGAUUAAUCCACUUACUUGGGAAAUACUUCCUUACUUGGACUCUACAAGUCAAGGCUAAAUAGGGUCCUGGAAUGAGGCACCUGUAACAGGGAGGGGUGCAAAACCAAGGAGUUGGCCUGGGACUUCCAAAUAUAUAAAAGAAACCAAGAGAGCUGCACUCACCUGAACAUGAAUACUUUAUAGGGUGCUGCUGGGGCCAAAAUAUACAAAAUACAGAAUCCAGGGCACUCGCUUAUUCACUAAACAAUGAUUUCAAAUAUUAGAGAUUAUAAUAGUUUUAUUUAAAAACACCUCCCCUAGACAAAAAUGAUGGGGGUUUAGUUACAUUAUGUGUGUGUGUAUAUGUGUAUAUGUAUAUAUGUGUGUGUGUGUGUGUGUGUGUGUAUAUGUAUAUGUGUGUGUGUAUAUAUAUAUAUAUAUAUAUAUAUAUAUAUAUAUAUAUAUAUAUAUAUAUAUAUAUAUAUAUAUAUAUAUAUAUAUAUAUCUCUAUCUAUAUCACACACACAUUUAUUUUAUUUAAAACAUGUUUAAUUUUUUUUUUUUUUUUUUACACCUCCCACCAGCAGAGGUCCCCUUGCUGGCAGAUCCACAGCCAGCUAUAGGGGGCCAUAUUUGCCGUGGGAGGGCUGCCUGGGCUGUUAGGCAGUCCUCCCAAAGAGGAUCGCGGUGAAGGUAAGUACCGCGGACCUCCAGGGCUGUAAGCCGUUACGGUGUUCUAUGCUGCCGCAGCGGCUUUAAAGCCCAUUUAAUGCGGGACGGCAAAGAACGCUAAAUUUUUAUUUAGGACCGCCACUCGGGGGGGGAGGACAGUAGGUCCUCCUUAUUGUUAUUUAGUAGGUUUUUUUAAACAGUGAGGAGACACAGGCUGCUCCCUGUUUAGUGGACAUGCCCCUACUUGCGGUAUAGCAAGUAGGGGCAUUGGGGAGAUUUUAAUCUCCCUUAUGCUAUUAUGGGGUCAUAUUGACCCCCAUAGAGUGAGGGGGGACCUGGGGGGCUUAUGAAGUUGCGGGGAGCACACUCUGCCGCUUCUAUCUUUACAUAUUACAAGGAGGGAGCUGCGUGCCUGUUGUUCCCUCCUUGUAAUAAACUGAACGAACAAACGAACACUGAUAUUCAGUGUUUGUUUGUUCGUCUGACAUUUCUAUUCACUGGGCAUGUGCGGGAAUCUGUCUAUCUAGUGUGGGCAGAUGAUGUGUCCCACAGGGACUUCAUCUACCCACACAAAGAUGGCGGCGCCCUGAAUAUAGAUCAGGGCAGAAAAUAAAGAUUAACAAAUAGGUAAUAUGGGGGGCUUAGGGGCAUUUGGGGGUGACUAGGGGGUCACUUAGAGAUGCGGGAGGGGGGUUAAAAUAAAAAUAAAAAAACGGGAUUCGGCCAUGACAGUGCUGCUUUAUUGGUACAUUUUCAAGCUGGACAAAAGUGGUAAGUAGUGUCCUUCAGGGUUGUAUUUUGGGACCACUUCUAUUUAACAUGUUUAUAAAUGAUCCUGCAAUAGAGAUUGAAAGCCAUGUUUUAGUGUUGGCAGAUGACACAAAACUUUGUAAAGUAAUACAAUGUGAGCAGGAUAUUGCUUUGCUGCAGAGGGAUUUAGAUAGAUUGGGGGAUUGGGCACUCAAAUGGCAGCUGAAAUUUAAUGUAGAGAAAUGCAAAGUUAUGCACUUUGGGGUCUAGAAUGCACAAGCAACUUACACCAUAAAUGGUAGUGAAUUAGGGAUAACCACACACGAGAAGGAUUUGGGACUUGUUAUAGACAAUAAAUUAGGCAGCAGUGUGCAAUGUCAAUCUGCAGUUGCUAAGGCCAGUAAGGUUUUGUCAUGUAUAAAUAGGGGCAUAAAUUCUCAGGAUGAAAAUAUAAUUUAGCCUCUUUAUAAAUCGCUGGUAAGACCACACCUUGAAUAUGCUGUGCAGUUUUGGGCACCUGUUCUAAAGAAGGAUAUCAUGGCAUUAGAAAAAGUGCAGAGACUAGUUGCAAAAUUGAUAAAAGGAAGGGAGCAUUUUAGUUACACAGAAAAGGUAAAAAAUGUAAAUCUCUUUAGUUUGGAAAAAACGGCGCCUCAGAGGGGAUAUGAUAACAUUAUACAAAUAUAUUCAGGGUCAAUACAAACCAUUGUUUGUAAAUCUAUUCAUAAACAGGGCUAUACAUAGGACAUGAGGUCACGCAUUUAGGCUGGAAGAAAGGAGAUUAAAUCUAAGGCAAAGUAGUUUUUUUUUACAGUAAGAACUACAAGGAUAUGGAAUUCUCUGCAUGAAGAGGUGGUUUUAUCAGAGUCCAUAGAGAUGUUUAAACAGCAAUUGGAUAAAUACUUCCAAAAACAUAACAUACAGGGAUAUCCUUUCUAAUUAGUGGGGUUAACUGCUUGAUCCAAGGAGAUAUCUGACUGCUAUUUUGGGGUCAAGAAGGAAUUUCUUCUUAGUUUGUUGCAAAAUUAAAAGCGCUUCAAACUAGGUUUUUUUGCCUUCUUUUGGAUCAACCGCAAAAACAUGAUGGAUGCAAGUCUUUUUUUCAGCUAUGUAACUAUGUAAUCACUAAAUAUUUGAUUGGCAGGGAUUUAUACUUUGUGUCAAAAUACUGAAACUGAAGUCCUAACUGACUUGCAAGGUCAUUCGCUAAACUGCAAAUUGUAGCAAACUGAAAUCUUAAUUGCAAUAUUAAGGGUCCACUAUAGUCACCAGAACUACAGUUUAAUGUAGUUGUUCUUGUGAGUUAUAUCAUUUUUUGCAGGCAUUUUCAUGCAAACGGUAGUGUUUACAUUGCCCUCUAGGGAUACGUCCAGUGGCCACCCCUCAGAUGGAUACUAGAGGUGCUUCCUGUGUGCAGAACUGCUGUUCAGCGUCUCCACGCUCUGCAUGGAGACACUGAAUUUUCCACAUAGAAAUGCAUUUGCAUCUCCUAUGAGUAGGUGCUGAUUGGCCCUGACCUGUCCCGCCUCCUUGGCGAUUUCAGCCAAUCCAAUACUUUUCCUAUGGGAAAGAAUUGGAUUGGCUAAAAAUCGUACAUUGUGAUAACAUUCUCAAGGAGGCAGAUCGAGGGCAGGGCCAGCACCGACAGACCCGUGUGGCGCUGAAAUUUUUUAAUUUUUUUUUUAUUACCUUUUUAAGGGGGUUGAGGGAGGGUAAGCCACCUAAAUGGUGGUUUUAACACAAUAGGGUCAGGAAUACACGUGUUCCUGACCCUUUAGUGUUACUUUAAAGCAAAAAAUAGCGGUUUGGAAAAUAUUCUCCAAUCCAUCUAUAGUCACAGCUUGACUAGUUUUACCUCUGUUUUGCAAUUCAGAUUUUGAUGUGUUAUUAGUUUAGUGGGCAUACUCCAUAGAUUAUUAUAUCUGCUUGUACUGACCGGAUUAUUCAUUAAAGUGAUAAUUGUUGUGAAUUCAAAGUGAAUUUUAAAAGACCACUGUAGUGUAAAGAAUACAACCUGUAUUGCGAACUCUAUAGUGCUGGAAUAGCAGUUUAGGUACCCAGCCCUCUCUGAAAAGGCAGCGUUUACAUUAAGCUGUAGUAGUUCUGGUGACUAUAGUGCCUUUAAGGCCAAAUGUACCCAAUCUGGUAGCAUAGCUGACUUGGAGAAUUGUUCAAGUUCAUCACCUUUGGCCUUAAAUGUAAGAAUUCUUGACCAUUCACUUUAGUGGAUAACCAUUUAAGUUCUUAUUGAAUGUAUUUAUUAACCAUGCAAUAAUUCUUUCUUUCUGCAGGCCUACAGCUCAAAGCCAAGUGUGCCUAUUAUUGCAGCCAAACACCCAUUUAAAUUGGAGGUGAAGGCAGGAAAGGUUUAUCCGUGGUGUGCAUGUGGUCAUAGCAAGAAACAGGUCAGUGAAUAUCCUUUCUUCUUAUUAAUGCUUUGCAUUUUUUGCCACAAAUAGGGAGUGUCUGUUUUCAUUUAACACAAAUAUCUAUGCCCAGAGUAAAGACAUUUAUUAACUGUCUAAAACACUUCCGCUAGUUGCCCCUUGUUUACAAAUAAGUGACUAUUUUUAAAAGAAAUCAUUAAUUUUCAAAAUGUUCCUGUUUACACUUUCCUGGCUGUCAAUAAAUCAAAAGGCAAGUAGGGGUUUCUUCUCUAUAAGACCCAUUAUAUUGGCAGAGAGUGGUGACUGAUUUGCGGGCACUGUAGGACCCCAAUGCUUCUCCAUGAGAAGCAUUGUAUAGGCCUGGGAGAUCAUCAAUCAUACUGAUCUCUUGGUGCUGCAGCAACUUAGACCAUCGCACCGCUGUAUUAGAGGUGACUUCUAUGUUUGGCCUAAAUCUAAAUUUAAACUCUAGAGUGUUCCUUUAAAUGUUGCUAAAUUUCUAUUCAAGCAGCAUUAACAUGGAUCUGUCACACUCCCUUUAUUAACCAAAGACUUUAUUGGAUUAGUCGCGUGAUUAAUAAUCUGAUCAGUUUUUACCAUCCCUUUGGUGGACGCUAAAAAACGCCCUGGGCAUUUCAGUAGUAUGAGUGAGAUUAAAUUGCCACUAAUGCAGAAACGGCAUUGUUUUAGUGUACUGCAGUCCUUUAGCUUAGGAGAGUUGACAGACGUUUGUAAGCAGGAACUUAUAACUCUCAGACACUAGUGAGUGGUGCCUGAAAGACCCCCAAGUAAGAAGUGAAACUGUUCAAAAACAGUUUGAUUCCGUACAAUGGAAGGCCCCUAGGCUACCACUGGCACAGAAGCACUACAGCAAGCUUUAGUGAUUAUGGUGCUGGCGUGUUCCUUUAAAGAAGGAUGGUCCAUUUUGGACCCUGACACUAAAUAAAAGAUUGUUGAGAUAUAUAGAUAGAUCUAUAGAGAUAGAGAGAUAUAUGUAUGUAUUGGUCCAGUUUCAAAAAUAAAAUUAUAAAGUGUAUAAUAGUAUUAUUUGUCAAGGUAAAUAGACUUCAUUAUUAAUCCAAAAGUUGAUAGGUUCACUUUAAUAAAUAUUUUCUAAUCAUUUAGCCUCUAUGUGACGGUUCUCAUCGGACUGCAGCACCUGACCUUGCACCCCUGCGUUUCACCCCUACUGAGGACAAGACAUUAUGGCUUUGUGGCUGCAAACAAACAAAAAAAGCUCCUUACUGUGACGGAACCCACAAGCAGAGCCAUGUCCAGAGUUUUGUUCCGGAGUCUGGUACCUAAAGCACUGACAUGCAUGGUAUUCAUCUGUACACAGUAAAAUGGAUUGUAAUAAGCUCUGCCUCCUGGAGGGAUGUGGUUCAGCCCUUCAUAAUCAAACUGUUAAUUUAUCGCUGAUUGCAACAUUUAAUCUUCAAUAGAAUUCUCUGGUUUCUUGUGAAAAUAUAAAAGGCAUUUAAAAGAAAUGGCAUAUACAGAAAAUGUCACUUAAUGCACAUAGAUCUCUAGAUUCAUUUUUAGACUGGUCUGUUUAUGGAUCAUUCGAAGACAACUCAACUCUGCAUUUUAGAAUACGCAGGUCACACAAGAUGCAGAAAUAGACAAAAGUAAAAACGUCAGUUGUAAUGAAAGCUGUGUUCUAAUUGGAUGCUUUCAUCUGAAUACAUCAACAAUUUCAUUUCUGGCCCAUAAACAGAACUUCUAAAUAAGUGUACUAUUUCAAAAUUCAUGCUUUAUUUAGAAAUGUAAUUUAUUUUUUUAAAGCAAGCACACGUUUUAAUUUUAUUGUUGCAUACACUUCAAUCUAAUUUAAAAGUUCACUUUUAUGUAACAAUAUAUGUUUAAAGGGAUUCUAUGGGCACCAUAACCACCUUCUCUCAUUAAUGUGGAUACGGUGCCUGGAUUCCUUUGGUGUUUUUCCAUGAUUCACCUGCUGGAGGAGUGGCUAAAUUGGAUGUCAAUAUUCUGCAUUUAUAGCCUGAUAGAACUCAGCUGAGUUCUAGCAGUCUCUCACUGCUGGCCAUUGGUGCCAGGGUUCAUGGAUGAUGGUUUAACAUUGAACAAUGUCAUAGUGCCAAGAGUGUCCUUUUAAGCAGUGCUAUUAAGACAUUUGAGAACUAAAUCCAGAUUUACCGAGGAGACAAGUGUACUCUGGGGAAAAUUAUUCCCUGAACACGUCUCCACAAGUGCUGGUGGGCAAGUCAUUUUUCUCUGAAAGUAUAAGAUUGAUGCAAAUGUUUUGGGUAUGUCUAACAACUUUUCACUUAGAGAGAAAUAAAAAAAAUAAAAAAAGCACUUCCUCCUUAAAAAAUCUUCCCAUUUGAUGUCAUCGCGAGCAGUAUGGGUACGCUGAAUGCGGCUAAUGCUUCUCAUAGAGGAACAUUCGAUUCACUGCUUCUGAAUAAGAAGCAUUGGAUUUGUGCAGCACAGCAACUGUAGCACAUGCACUAUAUGUGUCCAAUGCUUUUUGAUGAGAAGAGUUGGAUUGUACACAGAUCAUCAUGACUGAUGAUCUCAGUACUCCGAUCGGCAGCAGCAAGUAGUGUGUCCCUGCAUUGGAUUCCAGGCAAGUUUGAUUUUGCUCUCCCCUUAAACAAAAAGGAGGCUGCAUCUAAACACAGGAAAACAUUGAACUCUAAAAAAUACAUAUGUCCUUUUAACUGGUUGAAAUCAUCAAAAUGUUAUUUGGACAGGUGUGCCCAAAUAUUUGCAUUUAACUGUAUAUGCUCUUUCAUGUAUUGAACACAAUCUAUAGAUAUUUUCUGAUCUGUCAUUCAUGGACUCAUUGUUGUACAAUGUAUGGAAUAUUAAUGUAAGGAUAAUAAACAGUGUGAAGUAAUCUCAACAUUAAAGCAGUAUUUUACAUUAAGCAUUCAUAAUGAAGGUAUAUCUAAUUUAUAUGAUGCACAUUAUCUAUUUGAAUAUAGUGGACUACCUCCCUACAAACUUCUAAAAAUAAAGUCUAAUUUACUUCUCUCCUUGCACGGUGUGUUUAUUUUAGAAUUUCUCAACUCCUGGUUUGUUCACGGCCUGUGAGAGCCUAAGGCAGCCUGUGUGUCAGAUAAUUUAACAGAGCAGGAGCUAAGAACUUCUAAAGUAACUGAGCUGCAAAAUGGAACCGUUUUUCUUUCCUGGAGGCUGUGUGAGUCAGUGUGGCAAGGGCAGCAUAAACAAAGUUUAUCUAACUCCUAAACGGUAGGGAACAGUGUGACAGCAGGGGCACGAUCUAUACACCAACAUGGCUUCAUUAAGCUACACUGGUUUUGGUGCUGAG